AUUUUGUUUUGUUUAUACGUGCGCCUAGUUGUUUGUUUUUCUUUCUGCGUUAUGUGAUGUUUUAGGAAAAGUGCGUUGUACCUUGCUAUUUUCAUAGAAUUUCGUGGAUCGCACGCAUAUAAUGCGUUUUAAUCAGGUACUCCGCCUCCAUCUGUCUGUUAGCCAACGGGCAGCAAAGCAGCAAUAUGUUCCUAAACAUAAUCCAGUGCUGGAGGAAGAUAUCAGACGCCUAGAAGAUUUUCUUAUGUCAAAACCCAACAUUGUUGUUCUCACAGGUGCAGGCAUUUCCACGGAAUCUGGCAUACCCGACUACCGCUCCGAGGGAGUUGGUUUGUACGCGCGCACUAAUCACAAACCAAUACAGCACAUGGAAUUUGUACGCUCCGGAAAUGUGCGCCAACGCUACUGGGCACGCAAUUUUGUCGGUUGGCCAACAUUCUCUGCAACAGAGCCCAAUCAUACCCACCAUGCGCUGGCGCGUUUCGAGCGAGAGGGACGUAUUCAGGCUGUUGUUACCCAAAACGUCGAUCGGCUUCACACAAAAGCAGGUAGCCGCAAUGUCGUGGAAUUGCACGGCAGCGGUUUUGUGGUCAAAUGUCUAUCAUGCGAGUAUCGUAUAGAUCGACACGAAUUUCAAGAUAUACUAAACGCGCUAAAUCCUGAAUUUCGCGAUGCACCCGACAUGGUACGACCUGACGGUGAUGUGGAAAUCCCAGCUGAGUACGUAGCCAACUUUCGCAUACCCCCAUGUCCAAAAUGUGGCGGAAAUGUAAAGCCAGAGAUUGUAUUCUUUGGUGAUAAUGUUCCAAAGCAACGCAUCGAACGCAUUGCAGAGAUGAUUUAUAAUAGCGAUGGGCUAUUGGUGCUCGGUUCUAGUUUGCUUGUGUUUUCUGGCUAUCGAAUGGUGCUGCAAACAAAGGACCUCAAAUUGCCAUUGGCUAUUGUAAAUAUUGGCGAAACGCGUGCCGAUCAUUUGGCGGAUUUGAAAUUGUCCGCCAAAUGCGGGGAUGUUCUACCAAAAUUGUUUAAUUUUAAAAAGUAAAAUUAAUGCAGUGUUAUUAGCUAAAUAUUAAUAAUAUGUGGUUUAAGAGUAUAUGUG